CCAAACCCUAGACCCUGAAACCCUAACCCCCACCAGCUCUAUCUUUCUCUCUAGUUUCCAUUUACAUCCCCAUGGUUCUUCUCUCUACCAAGAAAUCUCGAGGUUCCUCUCCAAAUUAUUGAAGAAAACGGAAGAGGUGAAGAAAAAGACAUACCCAGAAAGUCUUGAAAACCCCUUUCAGGUGAUGGGUUGAAGAAAGAAAGAGAGAUUCAACAAGAGGCACAUGGAGUGGGAUAGCAAUUCCGAUGUGAGCGAAGACGAAGAGGGGUUCUUGUUGAACGAUGGUGGACCCUUCCCGUUCCCAAUCGACUUGUUGCUUCAACCGGCGCCGUGCGGAUUUGUCGUCACCGACGCUUUGGAGCCCGACCAACCGAUUAUUUACGUCAAUUCGGUUUUUGAGAUGGUGUCGGGAUAUCGGGCCGAAGAGAUUCUCGGGCGUAACUGGUGA